UGACGCCUUGAGGUUGCUAUGAGGUAUAACGCCACAGCAGUCUACUGAGGGCUACAAAGUAGGACCCAGUCUCAAAUAAAAAAAAUUGUUGCUCAGAGAGGCUUUAAUUGUAAGGCAAAGAGUGGCAGGAAGGGAUUCAAACCCAGAACAAUUUAAUUCUUCCGGUUAGCGCGCUGUAAGCUGGAGUCAAGUAGGCUCCAAGCUGAGGUAAACUGGGUCAGCGUCCGUUGCCAUGGAUCCGUGAUGCUCUCCCAGAUGGCAAGAGUCACGUGAUCACAACCAAUAUGGUGCCUCCCACAGUGUUUCGUAGCCCACGUGGUUAUGGCAGUCAAGAUGGCGGCGGCGGCUACUCCGGCUACCCUGGAUUCGGCUCCGCGGAUCAUGCGGCUGGUGGCCGAAUGCAGCCGCUCCAGGGCUCGGGCGGGCGUGCUACGGCUGCCGCACGGGCCAGUGGCCACUCCGGUGUUCAUGCCAGUGGGCACGCAAGCCACCAUGAAGGGCAUCACGGCCGAGCAGCUGGACGCUUUGGGCUGCCGCAUUUGCCUGGGCAACACCUACCAUCUGGGUUUGAGGCCGGGCCCGGAGCUAAUCCAGAAAGCCCACGGUCUCCACGGCUUCAUGAAUUGGCCCCAUAAUCUGCUGACGGACAGCGGCGGCUUCCAGAUGGUGUCCUUGGUGUCUCUGUCCGAGGUGACUGAGGAGGGCGUCCGCUUUCGCUCCCCCUACGACGGUGAUGAGACCCUUUUGAGCCCAGAGAAGUCGGUGCAGAUCCAGAACGCCCUAGGCUCAGAUAUCAUCAUGCAGCUGGACGACGUUGUGAGCAGCACCGUGACAGGGCCACGAGUGGAGGAGGCCAUGUACAGGUCAAUCCGGUGGUUGGACCGGUGCAUUGCAGCCCAUCAACGGCCAGACAAGCAAAACCUCUUCGCCAUCAUCCAGGGUGGCCUGGACGAAGAUCUCCGUGCCACCUGCUUAGAAGAGAUGACCAAGAGGGAUGUGCCUGGCUUUGCCAUUGGUGGCCUGAGUGGGGGCGAGAGCAAAGCCCAGUUUUGGAAGAUGGUGGCUCUGAGUACCUCCCACCUGCCUAAGGACAAGCCCCGAUACCUAAUGGGGGUGGGCUAUGCCACUGAUCUGGUGGUUUGUGUUGCUCUCGGAUGCGACAUGUUUGACUGUGUCUUCCCCACACGGACGGCGCGCUUUGGCUCUGCUCUGGUGCCCACUGGGAACCUACAGUUGAAGAAGAAGCUGUUCGAGAAGGACUUUGGUCCCAUAGACCCACAGUGCACCUGCCCAACCUGCCAGAAGCACAGCCGGGCAUUCCUACACGCGCUGCUGCACAGUGACAACACAGCUGCCCUGCACCACCUCACUGUGCACAACAUUGCCUACCAGUUGCGCCUGAUGAGCGACAUGCGCACCAGCAUUGUGGAGAAGCGCUUCCCUGAGUUUGUGCGUGACUUCAUGGGUACAAUAGCCUCAAGCUGUCACCCUGAGUAGAGUGUCAUGGCAUCACAGAUCACAGCACAGCAACCUCCAACUCCUGGAUUCAAGCGAUUCUCCUGCCUCCACCUCCCAAGUAGCUGGGACUACAGGCACCUGUCACAACACCUGGCUAUUUUUUUUGGUUGCAGCCGUCAUUGUUGUUUAGCAGCCUGGGCUGGGUUCAAAUCCACCAGCUCUGGUGUAUGUGGCUGGCGCCUUAGCCGCUUGAGCCACAGGCGCUGAGCCAAUUCUUGCAGUUUUAUGAUGCAUGUAUAGUUAUGUUCCCACUUUACAGAGAAGGACA